GCCUUAGGCGGAGUGUCUGGAACUGCGGGUGUCAGUUUUCCUCAAGAUGGCGGAGGAGGAGGCUGGGGACGCAGAGAGGAUGGAAGUCAGCAGUGAGUUGCCCCAGACUCCACGACGACUGGCGUCUUUCCAGACUUUUUCCCGGACUCCCUCCCGAAUAGCUGUGGCGCACCAGCCCCCUUCAGGCUGUGUUUAUGCAGCCAACCGCAGUCCUCUCCCUGGGAUCUGACCUCCGAAGCCUGAGCCUCAGCUCCCAGCCCUCACCCGUCCCGGUGGGUGAGCAGACAAGCCCCUCAGACUGUGGUGGCAUCAGCAAAUUGAUUUUCAUACUACUUUCUUGAACCAUUUGGCACGAUUGGUGCCAGAAAUUUAUUUUGCUGAAAUGGACCCAGACUUAGAAAAGCAGGAGGAGAAUAUACAAAUGUCAAUAUUCACUCCACUGGAAUGGUACUUAUUUGGAGAAGAUCCAGAUAUUUGCUUAGAGAAAUUGAAGCACAGUGGAGCAUUUCAACUCUGUGGGAAGGUUUUCAAAAGUGGAGAGACAACAUAUUCUUGUAGGGACUGUGCAAUUGAUCCAACAUGUGUACUCUGUAUGGACUGCUUCCAGAAUAGUGUUCAUAAAAAUCAUCGUUACAAGAUGCAUACUUCUACUGGAGGAGGAUUUUGUGACUGUGGAGACACAGAAGCAUGGAAAACUGGCCCUUUUUGUAUAAGUCAUGAACCUGGAAGAGCAGGUACCACAAAAGAGAACUUACGCUGUCCGUUGAAUGAAGAGGUAAUUGCCCAAGCCAGGAAAAUAUUCCCUUCAGUGAUAAAAUACAUUGUAGAAAUGACUGUAUGGGAAGAGGAAAAAGAACUGCCUCCUCAACUCCAGAUAAGAGAGAAAAAUGAUAGCUACUACUGUGUCCUUUUCAAUGAUGAACACCAUUCAUAUGACCAUGUCAUAUACAGUCUACAAAGAGCUCUUGACUGUGAGCUCGCUGAGGCGCAGUUGCACACCACUGCCAUAGACAAAGAGGGCCGUCGGGCUGUUAAAGCAGGUGCUUUUGCUGCUUGCCAGGAAGCAAAGGAAGAUAUAAAGAGUCAUUCAGAAAAUGUCUCUCAACAUCCACUUCAUGUAGAAGUAUUACACUCUGAGGUUAUGGCUCAUCAGAAAUUUGCUUUGCGUCUGGGGUCCUGGAUGAAUAAAAUUAUGAGCUAUUCAAGUGACUUCAGGCAGAUCUUUUGCCAAGCAUGCCUUAGAGAAGAACCUGGCUCUGAGAAUCCCUGUCUCAUAAGCAGGUUAAUGCUUUGGGAUGCAAAGCUUUAUAAAGGUGCCCGUAAGAUCCUUCACGAAUUGAUCUUCAGCAGUUUUUUUAUGGAGAUGGAAUACAAAAAAUUCUUUGCUAUGGAAUUUGUGAAGUAUUAUAAGCAGCUACAGAAAGACUAUAUCAGUGAUGAUCAUGACAGAAGUAUCUCUAUAACUGCACUCUCAGUUCAGAUGUUUACUGUUCCUACUUUGGCUCGACAUCUUAUUGAAGAGCAAAAUGUUAUCUCUGUCAUCACUGAAACUCUGCUGGAAGUUUUGCCUGAGUACUUGGAUAGGAACAAUAAAUUCAACUUCCAGGGUUAUAGCCAGGACAAAUUGGGAAGAGUAUAUGCAGUAAUAUGUGAUCUAAAGUAUAUCCUGAUCAGCAAGCCCGCAGUAUGGACGGAAAGAUUAAGAAUGCAGUUCCUUGAAGGCUUUAGAUCUUUUUUGAAGAUUCUUACCUGUAUGCAGGGAAUGGAAGAAAUCAGAAGACAGGUUGGGCAACACAUAGAAGUGGAUCCUGACUGGGAGGCUGCCAUUGCUAUACAGAUGCAAUUGAAGAAUAUUUUACUAAUGUUCCAAGAGUGGUGCGCUUGUGAUGAGGAACUCUUACUGGUGGCUUAUAAAGAAUGUCAUAAAGCUGUGAUGAGGUGCAGUGCAAGUUUCAAAUCUAGUAGCAAAACAGUAGUACAAUUGUGCGGUCAUACUUUGGAAACUAAAUCCUACAGGGUAUCUGAAGAUCUUGUAAGCAUACAUCUGCCACUCUCUAGGACUCUUGCUGGUCUUCAUAUGCGUUUAAGCAGGCUGGGUGCUAUUUCAAGACUGCAUGAAUUUGUGCCUUUUGAGGAUUUUCAAGUAGAGGUACUAGUGGAAUAUCCUUUGCGUUGUCUGGUAUUGGUUGCCCAGGUUGUUGCUGAGAUGUGGCGAAGAAAUGGGCUGUCUCUCAUUAGCCAGGUGUUUUAUUACCAAGAUGUUAAGUGCAGAGAAGAAAUGUAUGAUAAAGAUAUCAUUAUGCUUCAGAUUGGUGCAUCUUUAAUGGAUCCCAACAAAUUCUUAUUACUGGUACUUCAGAGGUAUGAACUUGCUGAUGCUUUUAACAAGACCAUAUCUAUAGAAGACCAGGAUUUGAUUAAACAAUAUAAUACCUUAAUAGAAGAAAUGCUUCAAGUCCUCAUCUAUAUUGUGGGAGAGCGUUAUGUACCUGGAGUGGGAAAUGUGACCAAAGAAGAGGUCACAAUGAGAGAAAUUAUUCACUUGCUUUGUAUUGAACCCAUGCCACACAGUGCCAUUGCCAAAAAUUUACCUGAGAAUGAAAAUAAUGAAACUGGCUUAGAGAAUGUCAUAAACAAAGUGGCCACAUUUAAGAAACCAGGUGUAUCAGGCCAUGGAGUUUAUGAGCUGAAAGAUGAAUCAUUGAAAGACUUCAAUAUGUACUUUUAUCAUUACUCCAAAACACAGCAUAGCAAGGCUGAACAUAUGCAGAAGAAAAGGAGAAAACAGGAAAACAAAGAUGAAGCAUUACCACCACCUCCUCCUCCUGAAUUCUGCCCUGCUUUCAGCAAAGCAGUUAACCUUCUCAAUUGUGAUAUCAUGAUGUACAUUCUCAGGACCAUAUUUGAGCAGGCAGUAGACCCAGAUUCUAACUUGUGGACUGAAGGGAUGCUCCAAAUGGCGUUUCAUAUUCUGGCAUUGGGCUUACUAGAAGAAAAGCAACAGCUUCAAAAAUCUCCCGAAGAAGAAGUGACAUUUGACUUUUACCAUAAGGCCUCAAGAUUGGGAAGUUCAGCCAUGAAUGCUCAGAAUAUACAAAUGCUUUUAGAAAAACUCAAGGGAAUUCCCCAGUUAGAAGGCCAGAAGGACAUGAUUACAUGGAUACUCCAGAUGUUUGACACCGUGAAGCGAUUAAGAGAAAAAUCUUGUUUAAUUGUAGCAACUACAUCAGGAUCAGAAUCUAUUAAGAAUGAUGAGAUUACUCAUGAUAAAGAAAAAGCAGAACGAAAAAGAAAAGCUGAAGCUGCUAGGCUGCAUCGCCAGAAGAUCAUGGCUCAGAUGUCCGCCUUACAGAAGAACUUUAUUGAAACUCACAGACUCAUGUAUGACAGUACGUCAGAAAUGUCUGGGAAAGAAGACUCCAUUAUGGAGGAAGAGAGCACCCCAGCAGUCAGUGACUACUCUAAAAUUGCUUUGGGUCCUAAACGGGGUCCGUCUGUUACUGAAAAGGAGGUGCUGACAUGCAUCCUCUGCCAAGAAGAACAAGAGGUGAAACUAGAAAAUAAUGCCAUGGUAUUAUCGGCCUGUGUCCAGAAAUCCACCGCCUUAACCCAGCACAGGGGAAAACCCAUAGAACUCUCAGGGGAAACCGUGGACCCACUUUUCAUGGAUUCAGACUUGGCAUAUGGAACUUACACAGGAAGCUGUGGUCAUGUAAUGCAUGCAGUGUGCUGGCAGAAGUAUUUUGAAGCUGUACAGCUGAGCUCUCAGCAACGCAUUCAUGUUGACCUUUUUGACUUAGAGAGUGGAGAAUAUCUUUGCCCUCUUUGCAAGUCUCUGUGCAAUACUGUGAUCCCCAUUAUUCCUUUGCAACCUCAAAGGAUAAGCAGUGAGAAUACAGAAGCUCUUGCUCAACUUUUGACCCUGGCACGAUGGAUACAGACUGUUCUGGCCAGAAUAACAGGUUAUAAUAUGAAACAUGCUAAAGGAGAAAAGCCAAGAAUUCCAGUCUUGUUUGAUCAAGGAAUGGGUGAUUCCACUUUUGAGUUCCAUUCUAUUCUGAGUUUUGGAGUUCAGUCUUCGAUAAAAUAUUCUAAUAGCAUCAAGGAAAUGGUCCUUCUCUUUGCCACAACAAUUUAUAGAAUUGGAUUGAAAGUGCCUCCUGAUGAAACGGAUCCUCGAAUCCCCAUGAUGACUUGGAGCACAUGUGCUUUCACUAUCCAGGCAAUUGAAAACCUCUUGGGAGAUGAAGGAAAACCUUUGUUUGGAGCACUUCAAAAUAGACAGCAUAAUGGUCUGAAAGCAUUAAUGCAGUUUGCCAUUGCACAAAGGAUUACCUGUUCUCAGGUCCUGAUACAGAAACAUCUGAUUCGUCUUCUAUCAGUUGUUCUUCCUAACCUAAAAUCAGAAGCUACACCUUGCCUUCUAUCUGUAGAUCUAUUUCAUGUUUUGGUGGGUACUGUGUUAGCAUUCCCAUCCUUGUAUUGGGAUGAUGCUGUUGAUCUGCAGCCUUCAUCAAUUAGUUCUUCCUAUAACCACCUUUAUCUCUUCCAUUUGAUCACCAUGGCACACAUGCUUCAGAUACUUCUUAGCACAGACACAGGCCUCCCCCUUGCACAAGUUCAAGAAGAGAGUGAAGAGGCUCGUUCUGCAUCUUCUUUCUUGGCAGAAGUUUCUCAGUAUACAAGUGGCUGCAUUGGGUGUGGUAUUCCUGGCUGGUAUUUAUGGGUCUCGUUGAAGAAUGGCAUCAUCCCUUAUCUUCGCUGUGCUGCAUUGUUUUUCCACUAUUUACUUGGAGUAACUCCACCUGAAGAACUAUUUACCAAUCCUGCAGAAGGAGAGUACAGUGCACUCUGUAGCUAUUUAUCUUUACCCACAAAUUUGUUCCUGCUUUUCCAUAAAUAUUGGGAUACUGUAAGGCCCUUCCUGCAGAGAUGGUGUACAGACCCUGCCUUACUAAACUGUUUGAAGCAAAAAAGCGCCAUAGUCAGGUACCCUAGAAAAAGAAAUAGUUUGAUAGAGCUUCCUGAUGACUAUAGCUGCCUCCUAAAUCAAGCUUCUCAUUUCAGGUGCCCACGGUCUGCAGAUGACGAGCGAAAGCACCCUGUCCUCUGUCUUUUCUGCGGAGCCAUACUGUGUUCUCAGAACAUUUGCUGCCAAGAAAUUGUGAAUGGGGAAGAGGUGGGAGCUUGCAUUUUUCAUGCCCUUCACUGUGGAGCUGGAGUCUGCAUUUUCCUAAAAAUCAGAGAAUGUAGAGUAGUCCUGGUUGAAGGUAAAGCCAGGGGCUGUGCCUAUCCAGCCCCUUAUUUGGAUGAAUAUGGAGAAACAGACCCUGGCCUGAAGAGGGGCAACCCCCUUCAUUUAUCUCGUGAGCGGUAUCGGAAGCUCCAUUUGGUGUGGCAGCAACACUGCAUCAUAGAAGAGAUUGCUAGAAGCCAGGAAACUAAUCAGAUGUUAUUCGGAUUCAACUGGCAGUUACUGUGAGCUCCAACUCUGCCUGGGGAGAAUCACGAAUGAAGACAGUAAUGAAGACUGAUUCAAAAUUAUGGAGACCUUACUGAGGGCUGGGGAAGAAGGGUUGGAGGGUCUUUUGCUCCAUGUCCAGAUUCACAUACGUCAAUAAAAUAUUCCUUAAUGGAGUAUUUCUUUCAAUUAAUGAACAUAUGCUUAAAGGAAAAAAAAAAGACAUAGAUUAAUCUAUUUUAUGUUCCAGAACACUAAAGAAAUGCUUCUUCACCCCAAGUGUCUGAUUCUGCUAAUAGUUCCAGAAAACUUACUUCCCUUCAUAAUCUGUCCCACUUCACUUCGUCCACCUGAUAAAUGAAGUCACAUCAAGCAGUUGUGGGCAUUCUUAUAUGUUGGUUGACUCUUCUACAACUUGUAUUUGGUGUUUCCCCCCCAAAUUUAAUUUAGCUAAUGGAUCACUGACAAGAUUUUAAUAAUCUGUGUUAGUCUUCCUUGAAGCUAAAGAGAAAUUCAGAAACCAUGCAGUAUACUUCAGUUGAGAAAGUUUUCCAAAAAGUAAAAAUUUUAUAAUUUCUCUCUUAAGGAAAUGCCCCUAAAGUGCCACUUACUGUUUCAGCCAGAAAUUAAACUAUAUUUCUAUAUGGACAGAGUUUCCAUUUCUAAGGCAAAUUUCUGCCAGUGUGGAAAAGCUUUUUUUUUCCUACUGUAGACCUCAAGAAGAGUUAGGAUAAUGUAUUCAUUAUUAUUAUUAUUUUUUUUUGUAUUCAUUAUUUAUCCCUGAUGAAAGAAAGGCUGCAGUCCUCACCUCUGAUGGUGAGGAUUAGCUUUGUUGAGUUUUGAAAUUAUACUUUCCAUUUUCCAAAGGCAAGUUUCUAAAAUGAGUUCACUUACCUCUUGAUUGUGGCACCACUCUAUUUGACUCAGAAACCUGAUGCAAUUCUGAUGUAAACUAUCUAUAGAAUGAGGAUAAGAAAAUUCCCCCAGUGAAUGGAUCAUGGCAGCUGUAAAUUAGAACAAUCAGAUUUAAGCCUGUUCUGUAACAUUCUGUGUCUUUGUAAGACAGAUCCUUCAUUUGUUAUCUGUGUGCAAACUUUUCAUAAACUCUGGGUAUAUGAGUAGUAUAACCAACGAAAAAAGCCACGUGGUCAGUAGUCUGUGUCCUGUUAUAACAUGCUGUGGUUGAGCCAUCUUGUUUAUAAAUAACAGAGCUCUCCUGCAUCUGUGCAUAGACUUCUUGGUUUUUGGCUUUAACUUUUUAUAUCAAGAACUUAUGAUAUAAAACAGCAGGCAGAAGAUAGAUUGAAAUCUUAUAUUUUAGCUUCUGUUGUCUCUGGGGUAAUGUUAGGAGUUUGAAAGAUACAUUCAAAGACCGUCUUAUUUUGCCUUUGGUGACCACGGUCAUGUAUGUGUAUAAAUGUUUUCCUACCUUCUUUUUGCUCAGCAAAGGCAAGCAAAUAAAAAUAUAUUUGCAAAGUGAUUGAUGAUGCACAUUUGGGGUUAGAUUUUUUUGGUAUUUUUAUGUAAAGUAAAGAAAUUCUGGAUUUUGCAGUAAGGGAUUGGCAUGAACAGGCAUCAGAAUCACAAUCAUGAUUUUCUACCUGAAUAAUUAUUAUUCAGAAGGUAUCAGGAAAUAGAUACAACUCCAAUAAACAGUUUCUAACUAUUGAUGGGUGAGGAUUAGAAAUUUCAGUAUUCAGUUUGUCAAAUUUGCCAGUAUGAUUAAACGAUUAUAACAUCUCCUUUUAUUUCUUAUAUAAUUUUGUUGGAUGGAUUGUCUGACUGGGAAGUCUGAACCAGCCUAGGCAACAGAAGAUGCUGACUUCUGCCCUAAUUGAUUGGUCCCAGUUUAGCAAAGAUAAAUUGAUUUUUUAUUUCUAACCUUUCUCUAUCCACUUCAUAAAUUCUAGGGUUAAGCUCUCAAGCUGCCAGAGGGACUGCCCUGCAAUGGCCAGUCAGAUCUUUACUGCCAAAGAACCCAUUUCCUAUUGAGUUCCAUUUCCUGAGAUUGAUUCAGAUCUCUGCACUGUAGAUGAACAUACAUCUCUCAGUGCUGCCCCCAGCCCAAGGGAUUUCUAAUUAUAUUCAAAUAUCCUAGUUGUUUGCCUUCAUCAUUGGAAACAGUUUAAUUAAGCAUAUGAAGUUUACUUAAAAAUGAGCAAAAAGUCACUUUAUUUUCUUUAGUGUAGUAUGUGGAGGAACUGGUUCAACAGGAUGGCUCCAAAACUGUGUUUUUUGAAUGUUUGGUGAGGGGCUAGCAGGAAUUUUAAUGAUACAGUGAAGAAAAACAUAUAUCUGUAUAAUUAAUUUAUUAUCGUGGUGUAUGGGCUGAGUUCACCCUUUAGUGGUCAUUUGUCAUUUCAUAACAACUAUGCAUUUUGGUUCACUGUGAUGAUGAUCUAUAUUUAGUGACUGCCACAUGUUUAUACCACUGAUCCAAAUUCCAUCCAUGAUGAAGUUAUACAAAUAAUGCAUAUAUUGAUAUCUUUUAUUGCAAAAUGUAAAUUUAAAACUUGUAUAAUGUUCUGUGCUUUUUGAAAUAAAAUAUCUUAUAUGUGUAUAU